AAGAGAAACAAAAGAGCCUGAAAAUGAGUGAUACGACGACGUAAACAGUCCCUGGUGCCAAUUUCCAGAUAUCUUUAUAAACUGUGGCUUCUGGCGCGCUCACCAUCUUCUCAGCCCUCUUCCCAGUUUAUGCACCAUGGACGGCAAUGACAUAACUUCCGAUCAGAUUAUCGCAGAAUUAGUUGAUAUGGGGUUUGAUAUCUCAGAUAUUACAGAAGCAGUUAAAGCAGUGGGUCCAUCAUUGGAUAAUGCAAUUGAUUUUAUCUUGAAUGACUCUCAUAGAAACAAUGCAGGUGCUUCAACUAGUGUGGUGGGUCUCACAAAAAACAAAAUCCUGGGGAAAAGAGCCACCUCUUCAUUGCAACCUUCUGCCAAACUGCGGCAACUCAACAUAACAGAACACCUGAAAUUGGCAUCUGGACCCAAAAGAAGCAAGACUAAAGGUCUAUAUGAUGCAUCUGUCUCCAAAACAGAUUACCUGUUAGGACAUGUGAAAGGACCAGAAGUUACCUCAGUCACGGACACUUCUUCAGAUCUCUGUGCAGAAGCUUUCUUGUUGCCAUCUUAUUGCAAAGAUGAGCAAAUCAUUGGCAUUGAUUGGGAAAAUAAGGUGAAUAAUCUAAUCCGCAAACAUUUUGGCUUUUCAUCCUUGAAGGGCUUUCAGAAAGAAGUUCUGGCAGCUUGGUUAGAACACCAAGACUGUUUAGUGCUCGCUGCAACAGGAUCUGGAAAAUCAUUAUGUUUUCAGGUUCCAGCAUUAUUAUCGGGGAAGGUGGUGGUAGUUAUCUCACCAUUAAUUAGCUUGAUGCAUGAUCAAUGCUUGAAGCUAGGAAAACAUGGGAUUUCAGCUUGUUUCCUAGGAUCUGGUCAAAUUGACAGAAGUGUUGAAAAGAAAGCAAUGAGUGGUGCAUAUAAUAUUAUUUAUGUCUGCCCAGAGACUAUUUUAAGACUCAUAAAACCACUUCAGAGCCUUGCGGAAAGUCGUGGCAUUGCUCUAUUUGCAAUUGAUGAAGUUCAUUGUGUUUCUAAGUGGGGUCAUGAUUUUCGACCUGACUACAGGCGAUUGUCUGUAUUAAGAGAGAGCUUCAGAGCUGACAAUUUGAAAUUCUUGAAGUUUGACAUUCCAUUGAUGGCCCUGACUGCUACUGCAACUGCUCACGUUCGAGAAGAUAUACUGAAGUCAUUAUGCAUGUCGAAGGGGACAAAAACCGUCAUGACUUCAUUUUUCCGACCAAAUCUUCAUUUCUCGGUGAAGCAUAGUAGAACAUCAUCUUUAUCUUCCUAUGAGAAGGAUUUCAGUGAGUUGAUAAGGUUAUACACCAAAAACAAGAAAACAGUCCACAAAUUGACCCCAAAGAAUCCUGAAAGUUCCUUAAAAUACUCAAGUGGCUGGUUAAAUGAUGAUGAUGGCUGUUUGACCUCUCCAAAUGAGAAAGAAUUGUCAGUUCAAUACCUUGAAGACGAUUGUGAUCAAGUGCAAGAAGUAGAUGAUUUGGAUGUUUCUUGUGGUGAAUUUUGUGGACAGCCACCUCUAAAAUUCAAUGAUUGCGGGACUCCGGAUUCACAGAAUCUCCCGAGAAAAGCACAAGAAGCAUUACCACUCCAUCAAGAACAUCUGGACGAGGGACCAACAAUUAUAUAUGUUCCGACAAGGAAAGAAACUUUGAGCUUAUCAAAGUUCCUCUCAAGGUUUGGAGUAAAGGCUGCUGCAUAUAAUGCCAAGUUGCCCAAGUCACAUCUCCGGCAGGUUCACAAAGAAUUUCAUGAAGAUGAGUUACAGGUGGUUGUUGCAACUGUUGCUUUUGGAAUGGGUAUUGACAAAUCAAACGUCCGAAGAAUCAUUCAUUAUGGUUGGCCACAGAGCUUGGAAGCAUAUUACCAAGAAGCUGGGCGUGCAGGCCGGGAUGGAAAAUUGGCAGACUGUGUCCUCUAUGCAAAUCUAUCAAGAAUACCCACACUUCUACCAAGUCAAAGAAGUGAAGAACAGACAAAGCGAGCAUAUAAGAUGUUAUCUGAUUGCUUCAGAUAUGGAAUGAAUACUUCCUGUUGCAGAGCCAAAAUGCUUGUACAAUACUUUGGUGAGGAGUUUACCCAGCAGAGAUGUCUCUUAUGUGAUGUCUGUAUUAAUGGGCCUCCACAAAAUCAGGAUUUGAAAGUUGAGGCGACAACACUCUUGCAGCUUAUUGCCGCGAAUCAUGGACAUGAGAGUUGGCAAGAUGUCUCGAGUGAUGAUGAUCUCAAAGGCAGGAUAUUAAAAGAAAAACCUAAUAUCAGGGCACUGGUCAGUAGGCUAAGGGAACAGAAUCACACAUUUUCUACAACUGACUUCAUAUGGUGGCGUGGGCUUGCUCGAGUAUUAGAAGAUAGAGGGUUUAUUCGAGAUGGAGAUGACAUGAGCCGUGUUCAGAUAAAAUUUCCAGAACCAACAGAUUCUGGGCUGCAAUUUCUGAAGUCUGACUUGCAACAGCCGUUUCAUGUUUACCCCGAAGCAGAUAUGCUGCUGUCCAUGAAAACCCGCAAAUCUUUCAAGUUUUUCAGAAUGGGGAAAAGGCUGGGCAGAUCCCGAAAUCCGUCGUCAGCGCUUAGAGCGAAGAGGGGCAUCGAGGAAGCCAAGGAAACGAAAAUCUCGCAAACAUCAUCCAGAUUUGAGCACUGUCCGGGGGAGGUUAUCUGCCAAACUCUCGAAAUAGAUAUUGAUACAUAUUUCUAGAUAGAGAUGCCUAAUUCUGUUCCAGCACCAACACUGUUGCCCUAUUCAUCAAUUUUGCAUCAGCUAUGUCUUUGCAAUUUGCACAAAAGCUUGGACGAAUGGUUUUUCAGAUUUUCAUUUAAGCAGUCAUGCCAGGUUAGCGGUAAACUUUGUUGCCCUUUUAAGCAGUCAUAUGUAUUGGUAAUUUUGGUUUUGGAAUUUAUGAUUU